AUGCCAUCAUUGCCAGCUCACAUUGAAUCCAGUUACAGGGAACUCAAUAUUAAUUGCCAGAUUGGCUAUUGGUGCGAUGCAAAUGAAAGCUUGGUUGGGAUCAGUAGUUCUUCGCAGGGUGCUUUCAGAUUGCUUAAGUUGGAAAAUCCUGAUUCUCCCAAUAAACCCACUAUUCUAUCUCCUGAUACUGCCGUCAUCCUCAAAGACAGAUGGGAUUCUUUAAGCAAUGAAGCCAGAAAUGAAACAUUUCCCUCAGUUUCCCCAAACUUCAUCAUUGAGUUGCGUUCACCAAUCGACUCUUCCCAGAAUCUGCAUCAAAAAAUGAUGCGUUGGGUGAAAGCAGGUGUAGACGAGGGAAUCUCCAUAGAUUUAAUUACAAAUCCACCGGAGGUUAGAACAUAUACCUUUAAUCCUGACGCUAAUAAAAUUAUUUGGAAAACACAGGUGAACCCCGACCAGGUUGAAUCAGAAGUUCUCAAAGG